AGAUACGAAAAAGGGGGCAUUCCAGGACAGUUGAUGUUACGAAAAAAAUUUAUGUCUAUGAAACUGAGCGAUAUCUUUAAAUUAGAAGAAUUUUUAAGUGAAUUUGACCUAGUGGUACGUCAAUUAGAGGCUAGCGGGGCAGAUUUAAAGGAACAAGACAUUGUGUGCACAUUAUUACUAGCUAUGCCUAAAAACCUAGAGACAAUAGUAAAUAUAAUAGAAAGUUUACCAGCAGAUAAUUUGACAGUAGAUUUUGUUAAAAGCAAACUUCGUGCUGAGGUAGAGAGAAGAAAAUCUGUAAAUGAUAAUAGCGAUAGUUACGCAAAGCCAGCAGCUUUUAACAAUACAAUACCCAAUCAAGGUUUAUGUUAUACUUGUGGCAAACGUGGACAUUUCAAAAGGGACUGUAGGUCAAAUCGAGGGCAUAGAGGUGUUUUCCAAAGAGGUGGUCAUCAAGGAAGUGCUUUUAGAAGUUACAAUAGAGGUUUUAUCAACAAUCAGAGAUUAGGUCCAAGAGGUGUAAUGAGAGGUUCAAGAGGUGGAUUUAGAGGAAAUGGACAGGGCAGACAAAAUUUUCCUGAUGGACAAUAUGCAGAAAAUGAAGUGCAAAGUGAUGUACAAGGUGGACAAAAUAUAUGUUUUAUGACAAAUCAAGCAAAUAAGAAUAAAACUAUGAACGUCAGGGUGACGACUAUGGACGCGGAGCUGGAAUUCGCGAUCCAGCAGUCGACGUCCGGAAAGCAACUUUUCGACCAGGUCGUCAAAACCAUCGGAUUAAGAGAGGUUUGGUUCUUUGGUCUGCAAUACACAGAUUCCAAAGGCGACCUAACAUGGGUGAAACUUUACAGAAAGGUAAUGGCUCAAGAUGUGAAAAAAGAAAAUCCCUUACAGUUCAAAUUCCGUGCCAAAUUUUACCCAGAAGACGUUGCCGAGGAACUUAUACAAGAUAUCACACUCCGACUCUUCUACCUUCAAGUUAAGAACGCCAUUUUAUCCGAUGAAAUAUACUGCCCUCCAGAAACUUCCGUUCUGCUAGCGUCCUACGCGGUUCAAGCUAGGCAUGGGGAUUACAACAAAGCUUUACACAACGCUGGAUUCCUAGCCAAUGAUAGACUGUUGCCACAGAGAGUAAUGGAUCAACAUAAAAUGUCAAAAGACGAGUGGGAGAACAGCAUAAUGACCUGGUGGAAGGAGCACAGAGGCAUGUUGAGAGAAGAUGCCAUGAUGGAGUACUUAAAAAUAGCGCAAGACUUGGAAAUGUACGGUGUCAACUACUUUGAAAUUCGCAACAAGAAGGGAACAGAACUAUAUUUAGGAGUGGACGCUUUGGGUCUGAAUAUUUAUGAAAAAGAUGAUCAGCUAACUCCGAAAAUUGGUUUUCCAUGGUCCGAAAUUAGAAAUAUCUCCUUUAACGAUCGCAAGUUCAUCAUCAAGCCAAUAGAUAAAAAAGCACCCGAUUUUGUUUUCUUUGCUCCGAGGGUGAGGAUCAACAAGAGAAUUUUGGCUCUUUGCAUGGGCAACCAUGAACUGUAUAUGAGGCGUAGAAAACCCGAUACAAUAGAUGUGCAACAGAUGAAAGCACAAGCCAGAGAUGAGAAGCAGGCUAAGCAAGCUCAGAGGGAGAAGUUGCAAUCUGAAAUUGCAGCCCGUGAAAGAGCAGAAAAGAAACAACAAGAAUAUGAAGACAGGAUUAAAUCGAUGCAAGAGGAAAUGGAACGUAGUCACGCUAAUCUUGUAGAAGCCCAAGAGAUGAUCAGGCGACUGGAAGAGCAACUACGACAACUUCAAGCUGCCAAAGACGAACUGGAGAAACGGCAGAACGAACUGCACAGUAUGAUGGAACGUCUGGAAGAAAGCAAGAACAUGGAAGCCGCAGAACGUCAAAAACUUGAGGACGAAAUCCAGGCUAAACAGCAAGAAGUCCAACGUAUUAGAGAAGAAGUCGAAGCCAAGGACUCCGAAACUAAGCGCCUUCAAGAAGAAGUCGAAGCAGCUCGUCGUAAAGAAGAGGAGCUUAAACAGCAACAGCUGGCGAAUGCUACCAAGGGACAUUUGGAGGAAAAUAACCAUGACGAAGACGACGAAAUGGUUAAUGGUGAUGUUAGCAAAGAUUUGAACACGGACGAAAACAUCAUUGACCCCAUUGAAGAUAGACGUACAUUAGCUGAACGAAAUGUUCGUCUGCACGAUCAACUCAAGGCCUUGAAGAUCGAUCUUGCGCAGUCGCGGGAUGAAACCAAGGAGACGGCGAUGGACAAGAUCCAUAGAGAAAAUGUCCGCCAGGGUCGGGAUAAGUACAAGACCCUUCGCGAAAUCCGUAAGGGCAACACCAAACGUCGCGUGGACCAAUUCGAGAACAUGUAAUUCGAAUUUACGACCUAGUUAUUUAUGUAAAGAGUUAUUAUUUUACGAGUCAGGUACUUUUAAAAUUUCAGAACUAUUUACAAUUUUUGGCGAUUUUUCCGGUUUACUUAAGCAAAUUCUAAGAUGCUCAACAUUUUUACUGUUCGGGUUAAUUAUUCAAUAACUAUUUUUUUUUUAAUAAAUACAUUCAGAUACCAUAAAAUGGUAGGUAAUAACACUAGAUCUACUUGCAGUUGAUUUUUAUGCGUAGAAACGUAUUAGUUAUUAUUGUUGAUGAGUCUAUUUUAAACUUGAAAGUUUUUAAAAAUUGUUAUCACAGUUUUAGUUAAGUAUUAAGAGUUUUAUUAUCUACCAUAAAUAACGUUAUAGUUAGUUUCAUAAUAAGCUAAAAUUCCGCUUCUUUGCUCAUAAGUGGCCUUACAAAUUCAACAGUUGCUUUAUUAGAGUAUUCUUACUCUUUAAAAUACAAAAAAUUGUGUUUAUUUUUCAUUGAUUUGUAUUGUGAUGAUACAGAAAUAUAUUGAAUCACUAGAUCUGCGCUAAGUAUUUGUACGACUCUUCAAUUAUAUUUAAAUAUUAUUUAAUACAAACGCAUUCCAUUUAAUGGUAGUUUUUCUAUAAGUUAGUGCCAUUUGGUAAAAGGGCGUAAUAAAGUAUCGAUCAAUAUUGAUCUAUAAAGUAUUAAAUUUCAAAAUUAACGUUCGAUUUUUAUGAAACAGUAUCUUACGGUCUAAAUUUUGUUGGUAUAGGGACUUUUACUUUAGGGGUUACUGUUUUUAACAUAACAGUAAGGAGAUUCAUAUUUAAAAGGAUUUUACAUACUAUAAGUCUAUGGUAAUCUAUUUUUUUUUUUGAUUCUAAUUUUUGAUAACAAAAAUAUACAGGGUGUGCCUAAAGUUCGCAACCGAUGGAAAAAAGAAUUAUUGAAUUAAUGAAAAAAUCUCUCUUCUCUUUAUACAGGGUGUCAUUGAAAUGGUGUAAAAUUUUGCGCAUUUUUCGCCCUAUACUUAUAGGAAGUUUUUUUACUAUUUUUAGGAGUACUAUCACCCCCCGAUAUUUUUACACCAUUUCAAUGACACCCUGUAUAAUAAAAAUGUUUCUAUUUAUUGCAAACUUUGUGACAUGCCCUGUAUAAUAAAAGAACGGCCUGGUGCUUCCUUUUUUAUACCGUGGUUAAAGGUAUUUCAGGACCAUUUUCUGUAUACUCCGCUGUAAGUCACACAGUGUUUUAACAUAUUUUUGAAGUGUUUAAAUGUACUUUUUAUUUUCUAUUUGGACAGCGGGUAUUUCAGAAUUGUUCCUCUUGCAAUAGAUUACUCUAAAUAAUACAGAGCUCGUGUAAAUAUGAUGUGAAAGUAUUUUUUGAAAGUUUUUCUUUUCGUACUUUAUUGGAUUGUCUGUAUAUAUACAUUAGCUAUACCACGUGGCCUUUUUAAGAUGUAAGAGAUUUUUUGAUAUUCUACAUUUAUAGGAGUAAAAUUUACAUCCCUAUUAUUUAAUCGUAAAAUCGAAUAACGAAUUUUAUUUUUAGUUCUCAAUAACCAUAUUACUACUUUGUUUCAGUUUUGUAUUGGUAGUCUGAUAGCAAUUUACUUAUCAUUUAUACUAUGUAAGGUAUUCAAUAAAUAUUUUUAUUAGGAA